GGAAGAUUGAUAUAGUAAGAGACUGCUUUCUAAGCAACUCAACUUUACGGUGAUUCGGGCCUUCUUCUGAAGACUCAGCCUUUUAUCUUAAUGAGUGACAAAGAAGAAACAUCAGACUCUUACUUAACGAACAAGAAAAUUGGUGAUUCAAGAGAAUUUGAUCCAGAUUUCAAGGGACCUAUUGCCAAGAGGGGUUGUACAGAUGUUCUGUGCUGCAUGGUCUUCAUACUGUUCAUUACUGGCUACAUUUUUUUAGGACUUAUAGCCUGGGUACAUGGCGACCCCAGAAGAGUGGCUUACCCUACAGACAGCAAGGGCCACUUUUGUGGCCAGAAGGGCACCCCCAAUGAGAACAAGAGCAUUUUGUUUUAUUUUAACCUGUUAAGCUGCACCAGUCCCUCCGUGAUGAUAAACCUACAGUGCCCUACUACACAGAUCUGUGUCUCCAAGUGCCCAGAAAAAUUUUUAACCUAUUUGGAAAUGCAAUUUCCAUACAAAAGAGACAAACACUCUUGGGAAUAUUAUAGCCAGUUCUGCAAGUCCCCUAUUUUUCACCCUGCAAAGUCUCUCUCACAAAUAGUAAUGGAUGAUGAUUGUCCAGCAGCGAUUUUUCCAAGCAAACCUUUUCUUCGGAGGUGUUUCCCUGACUUCUCUACUAAAAAUGGCACUUUAACAGUAGGAAAUAAGACCACAUUCGAAGAUGGAAAAGGGCAUACAAGAAAUGCUGUAGAACUCAGGGCAGCUGCAAAAAAUAUCAAUAAAGUCCUCGAUGCAAAGGCAAUUGGAAUGAAAGUGUUUGAAGACUAUGCAAUGAGUUGGUAUUGGAUUCUCAUUGGCCUGACAAUCGCCAUGCUCCUCAGUUGGCUGUUUCUACUACUACUGAGGUUCAUAGCUGGAUUCCUCUUCUGGGUCUUCGUAUUGGGUGUGCUUGGAAUUAUAGGUUAUGGAAUAUGGCACUGUUACCAGCAGUACAGGAAUCUCCAGGAACGCCCAAAUUCUCACAUAACUAUAUAUGACCUCGGGAUUCAGACUGAUAUAAGCAUGUACUUACAACUGAAACAAACAUGGUUCGCAUUUAUGGUAAUCCUCAGCGUCCUUGAAGUGCUUGUCAUCCUCCUGCUGAUCUUCCUUAGGGACAGGAUCCGCAUCUCCAUCGCCCUCCUGAAGGAAGGGAGCAAAGCCAUUGGAUAUGUCCCUACUACAUUAAUUUAUCCAGUUUUAACUUUCUUUUUGCUCUCAAUCUGUAUUUGCUACUGGGCGGUGAUAGCAGUUUACUUGGCUACAUCAGGGACACCCAUAUACAAAGUCAUAACCCCAGAUGGGCAAUGUAAAUAUGAAAAUAGAACCUGUGACCCAGAGAUUUUUAACACAACAGAAAUGUCCAGAGCUUGCCCUCGUGCUCAGUGUAACUUUGCUUUCUAUGGUGGAAACGGCCUGUACUAUCGAUACAUCUCUACCUUCCAGAUAUUCAAUCUAUUUGUCUUUCUCUGGCUGAUAAACUUUGUCAUUGCAUUGGGUCAGUGUGCCCUUGCUGGUGCCUUUGCUUCUUAUUACUGGGCCUUGAGAAAACCUGAUGACAUCCCACCAUAUCCACUUUUUACUGCGUUUGGACGAGCCAUACGAUAUCACACAGGAUCUCUAGCAUUUGGUUCCUUACUUCUUGCAUUAAUUCAGAUCUUUAGGAUAGCCCUAGAAUACUUGGACAAACGUAUUAGAGAUAACCAGAACAACAUUGCCAAAUUUCUACAACACUGCCUGAAAUGCUGUUUCUGGUGCUUGGAAAAAUUGGUAAAGUUUUUGAACAGAAAUGCCUAUGUUAUGAUUGCAAUAUAUGGCAAGAACUUCUGCAGGUCUGCAAGAGAUGCUUUCGAGCUGCUGAUAAGAAAUAUUUUAAAAGUUGCAGUUAUGGAUAAAGUUACAGACUUUGUACUCGUCCUGGGGAAAAUACUAGUUUCUGGGAGUAUAGGUGUCCUGGCCUUUUUACUCUUCACACAGAGAGUCUCAAUCAUUAUAGAAGGUCCAACAUCUUUAAAUUACUACUGGGUACCUUUGCUGACAAUCAUUGCUGGAUCUUACCUAGUUGCACACGGGUUCUUCAGCGUCUAUGCAAUGUGUAUUGAUACAAUUUUCAUCUGCUUCUUGGAAGAUGUAGAAAGAAACGAUGGUUCUACUGAAAAACCCUAUUACAUGAAUCGCUCUCUGAUGAAGAUUAUGAAGGUGAAAAGUACACAAACUUCGACGCAGUAGAGGUGCAGACUGAUCAUCUGCAGCGGUGUGUACCCUUUUCCUCAUCUGCUGUGUCUGACUCACAAGCGCUCUGUGUUUGGAAGACUGUAUUCACGACCUUGUUGGCUCUUAUAUGCAUGUUUUAUACCAAAGCUUAUACUGUAAUAUGUGAAGCCAUCAGAAGUCGCAAGGGAAUUGUUAACAACAUGGAACAUUUUUAUACUGAGACCUUUUGUUUUGUAAUUCAUUUUUAAGUAGAGUGGCUUGGAUGUUUUUGAAAAUA